CUCCUACUUACGCCUACCCCGUAGCACAGAGACAGAGAUGAUGAUGGACUAUCCUGGAAAGAUGAUCACGGACCAGUAUCCAUACCGGAUGCUCUGUGGCAAGCGCUUGCAGAACGCCAUGUCUUUCACCUCGACGUCGAUGAACGGCGUUCCGACGACGUGCUUCAACGACGUCGUCCUCGUGCCCAUUGCCUCUUGGGUCUUUCUGCUCAUGCUCCUCGGUCUCGCGGCCUUUGCCGUCGUCCAUUCGAGACGCGGCAAUGGCAAGGCGGGCGCAAAGGCGCCACUGCACAGGCUCGUCUACCGCAAGGGCCGCGAGUACGGCGCAGGGAAGUGGCCAGGCAGCUGGACAAAGACGGCGACGACGUUUUCCAUCAUUUACUCGCUCCUCGUUCUGGCCACUCUGCUCAUGAACAUUCUUGAAAUCGUCCGACUCUACCUGGCCGACCGAGGUGCGGGUCUGCUGCCAUUCACCCUCGCCUCUCUCGUCUUCGUCCUCGUCCUGCUCCACUUGCCCCUUCCAGUCACCUCCGCUGUCCGCCCGGCCCUGUCGCUGUGCAUCCUCGUCUUCUUUGUCCUCUCGCUCAUCUUCACCAGUGUCGAACUCGCGACGCUCAACAUGCUCCAGCCCAUUGAGCCGCGCGCCCUGACCGAGUACCUCGACUCGGACCAGGUCCUCGACGUGGCCGUCAUUGUGGCCCUCUACGCCAUCGAGGUCCUCGUCGAGGCGCACCGCUUCCUUUUGGUGCUCCGCGACGCGAGGUCACCCAGCGACGCCUACCGCGACCCCGAGGAGGUCUCGCAUCCCAUCAUUGAUCCCAAGGCUUAACAAUGCGAGUUCCGUCAUCGCUGCUUUCUCUACAUGUUUACUAGAUCCUCUUGAUGCCCACGAUCCGAUAUCCGCUCCUGCUGUGGCAAAGCAAUCCUGUUUUCACACUCAGACUGAAAGCAGCCCGCCACGACCCGGAGACAAAGAGAAGCUACGUAAGGUCGACGACGAUUGCAUGUGUUCGUGCUCGCUCUCCUUGUUCUGCGAAACGUCACAGGUGCCAAAUAGAAGCCCUAGAUUCUGGACCUCC